GACCACCCUGGCUCUGUCAUUCCUGUCCUCUUCUCAUCCCCAAGCCGUCCUCACUCACACAUCAUGGCCCCCAAGAAGCCUGAACCAAAGAAGGAAGCCCCCAAGGCGGCACCGGCACCUCCUGCCCCAGAGCCCCCAAAGGAGGUUGUCUUUGACCCCAAGAGUAUCACGAUUGAGUACGGCGCUGAUCAGAUUGAAGAAUUCAAAGAAGCCUUCCAGCUGUUUGAUCGUACCCCCGGAGGAGAAUUGAAGAUCACCUAUGGACAAUGUGGAGAUGUAUUGAGGGCUCUGGGACAGAAUCCCACCAAUUCAGAGGUGUUGAGGGUCUUGGGAAGACCCAAACCAGAAGAAUUAAAUACCAAACUGUUGGACUUUGAGACCUUCCUUCCAAUGCUCCAGCACAUCUCUAAAAGUAAGGACCAGGGCUCCUUUGAGGACUUUGUGGAAGGACUUCGUGUUUUUGACAAAGAAAGCAAUGGCACUGUAAUGGGAGCUGAACUGCGUCACGUUUUGGCCACUUUGGGUGAGAAGCUACAGGAGAGUGAAGUGGAGCAGCUCCUAGCAGGGCAAGAAGAUGCCAACGGAUGCAUCAACUAUGAAGCUUUCAUCAAGCACAUCAUGUCAGGAUGAAGAGACAAUACGGUUCCUGCAGAUUAUCCCACAGUCCCAAUUGCCCUACUGACCCUUCUGAGAAGAGCCAGAAGAUGCAUUACCCGAGCUGUUUGUAGCAUGCCUCUCCAAUGUGGAAGUCCUGAAGUCCUUGUAAAUAAUCUCAUGUUUUGUUGAAGUGCCAUAUGAGAUUGUAAAUUUAUUUGGGACUUUUUUCUCCGGUGGUGACUUUUCACCAAAUAAAUUUCACAGGAAAACAA